CCCUUAACUCGGAACAACCCGCCGCUGACAACAAACUGGCGUAGAUAUGCAGUCUUGUCUUCAUGUUUCAUGGAUCUAGUCAUCUGAUCUACUACUACACAAGGGCGUGCAGCAUUCAGAACUGGCGUUAGAGAACAUGUUUCACAUUCAUCAAGCCUAAGGAAGAUCUCAUGGAAAACUCUUUAGCUGUUGGCUGACAAGAAGAUCCUUUUGCCUGUUUGCUUCUGAUCCUAGGACUUUUACUUCCAUGAUUUAAUCAAUAUGACUAAAAAGUCCUGUAGGAAAACGGAGUACCAGAAGCAGUAUAGGAAGUCUACACUAAUUCAGAAUAUUCCCUGCUUUGUUGAAAAUAAAAACUAUCGACUUGCUAGAAAAGAAGCUGAGUAUCUUCACACACCAUUCCUAUGGGACAAUUCAAGCUCAUCAUCCAGCUCGGAGAGUGAUAUUUGUGAUCAGAACCAAGUUCACUUUCAAGAUGCUGAAAUUCAACAAGCAAAGAAAGUUGUUGAUUUCUGCUGUCAGACACAGCCAUUAAACCGUGGACCAGAUGAUGUUGCAAGUAAGAAGAAGUGUAAUGGAAUGGGAAGUACACAUGUUCUGAAAGACAAAGAAGAUUUAUGUAGUCUUGAUGCCAAAGCACAACAGUCAUAUUCCAGGAAUCCAGUAAACAAAUCAAAAGGAAAAACAUACACAAUAAAAUCGUGUCGACCAUCAUGUCCAUACAAAUAUAACUCAGCCAAACCUCAGCCCAAAUCCAGACCCACGUCAGCAUCCCAAAAAUCCCCAUUUCAUUUAUUUGGCUGGGCUGACAAGGAGGUUGACCUGGCCCGACACAGAACAUACAACGUCUUGAGCAAUAAAGAUGUGUAUCCAUCAGCUGUAAUAGCCGCUAAGCGUCGACUUACAAGACAAAAAGAUACAUUUACUGUGGAGCAAUGCAAGAAGAAACAACCGCUUGAAGACAUCUUGUCACAAACAUGGGAUUGCCCAUGUAAAUGGGAAACAGAGUACUCUGCUCAUUACAAAUAUUAUCCUUUAUGAUUUUGAUGUCUCUUGCUAACAAUGUUUUUAGCAUUCAAUGUAAAGCUUUUUAAAAAUAAUUUAAAAUUUUUAAUAGCAUUUAUGAGUCGCUUAUUGAUGUAAAUUUAGGAAAGUGCUCUCCCAGCUGAAGAGAAUUUUAUUCAACUGGGGUUUAUUAAAACUAAUGAUGUUAUGCUGCAGGUGCAAAAAUAACAGGUUGAUUGAAAUAUUUUCACUCACAUCACUCUUGAGCUUUUGCAUGUGUUUCUUGAAAUGUUAUAAUAAUGCACACCCCUUUGCUGUAUGAAGGCAGAAUAUUUAUACAAAUAUGUGAUAGAAUGUUUGCAUUUUCAUAUUGUCUGAUGGAUCAACCUAAAAAAAAUUACGUCUUGGCAGUUGCUGGCAAUUAGAGAACAUGUUUAUUUUAUCAAAGCCAGUUAUGUGCCUGUGCCGGCCACCAGCACAUAUACCUAAAGCCUUAAAAAAUGAAUUCAUUUCAAGCUGUAUGCUCAAUCUUUUACAAGCUAAAAAUUGAAGUGCAAAACCUGUAUGGCCACAGUGAAUUUCAUAAAAAAUGUCUUGAGAAGGUAUUGCUAAAUGUGUUAUUAUAUAUGAAAUAAGACAUAAACACAAAAAGCAGAGUACAUGCUCCACACUCAGAUGGGUUGGCAGUAGUAAAUCAUGGUCUUUGAAUGUGCAUUUAAGCAUGAUUCCAAUCUUUCACAAUACCAUUGUGAAUAGACUUGAUAAAAAGUUUAUCUUGAACAGCAAAUGUUACCUUAAUGUGCCCGCGAUUUCCCCCGUUUGUAACCAUGGAAACCUUUUGGUGUGAGCACCUCUGUCCCAAAAAAAGAUAAUGAAUGGAGAGGACAAACUUUUAAGCAUAUAAAGAAAUCAAUAAACAUCCAUUCACCAAUCAUCUCCAUCCUUUUGUGUGUCACAAGAAGAGAUUGAGCAAACAUUUUGAAGAUGCAGUGGUAUACGAUUAGCAAUCUAUUUUAAGUUUGCCAGAGUGCUUUAUGAAGCAUGCUGAAAGGUUAGUAAAGCUUCAGUGCCUGAUACAAUAGAUUUCCCUCAUUAUGGAUGUAUUUGGUAAUGCUACAAAUCUGAUUUUAAUUCUUUUUCACUUGAACCAGUAAUGCCUGUCUGUUACAUUUGGUUCAAUGAGAAAUGCAAGUACUGGAAAAUACAUAAAAUUGCAAACACUAA